AUGCUGGCCGUCCGAGCUAUUGCUGGCCCUGCCAGGCGCCAAUGCUUCCGUGCAGCUCCCCGCGCGACUGCCACCAUCACUCUGCAGAACCAGAGAUUCUACUCCAGCCGCGUUGCUGCCUUCACCGGAAAGAAAGAUGCCAGCGGCAACUACCCCGUCAGUCUGAUCGAGGGCGACGGUAUCGGCCCCGAGAUCUCCCAGGCCGUGAAGGACAUCUUCGCCGCUGCCAAGGCUCCCAUCUCCUGGGAGCCGGUCGAUGUCACGCCCAUUCUUGUCGACGGCAAGACCACCAUUCCACCCGCUGCCAUUGAGAGCAUCAAGCGGAACAAGGUUGCCCUCAAGGGGCCCCUGGCUACACCCAUCGGCAAGGGCCACGUCUCGCUCAACCUGACGCUGCGGAGAACGUUCAACCUGUUUGCGAACUUGCGUCCGUGUCGGUCCGUCGCCGGUUUCAAGACACCCUAUGACGGCGUCGACACGGUGCUGAUUCGCGAGAACACCGAGGGCGAGUACUCGGGCAUCGAGCACAUCGUGGUGGAUGGCGUGGUGCAGAGCAUCAAGCUGAUCACGCGCGACGCCAGCGAGCGCGUGCUGCGCUUUGCCUUCCAGCAGGCGCAGGAGAUUGGCCGCACAAAGGUGCGCGUCGUGCACAAGGCCACCAUCAUGAAGCAGAGCGAUGGCCUAUUCCUAGCUGUGGCCAAGGAGGUCGCCAAGGACUUUCCCGGCAUCGAGUUUGACGACGAGCUGCUGGACAACACCUGCCUCAAGAUGGUCACCGACCCGACGCCCUACAACGACAAGGUCCUGGUCAUGCCCAACCUGUACGGCGACAUCCUGUCCGACAUGAGCGCCGGCCUGAUCGGCGGCCUCGGCCUGACGCCCUCGGGCAACAUUGGCGACGAGUGCUCCAUCUUCGAGGCUGUCCACGGCUCCGCCCCCGACAUUGCCGGCAAGGCCCUGGCCAACCCGACCGCCCUGCUGCUCAGCUCCAUGAUGCUGCUGCGACACAUGAGCCUGGGCGACUACGCCGACCGGAUCGAGAAGGCCGCCUUUGCCACGCUGGCCGAGGGCAAGGCACUGACUGGCGACUUGGGUGGCAAGGCCAAGACCCACGAGUACACUGCCGCCAUUAUUGAGAAGCUGUAG